AUGGAUGACUAUGACACAGAGGAAUUUUAUGAAUAUCCACAAGAGAUGGGAAGAAAUCACCCUGAAUUUCAAAUGCCUCCUAUGAAUGAUAAUUUUAAUAGACUUGACCCACCGGAGCCCCCUCUGGGCUACAUAGAGUGUCGGAGCGUUCAAGUAUUACAAAUCGUUACAAAAGCGCAUACGGCCCAUAUUCCGGGGGAUACGGGCCAAUGGGGGGGCGGGAGGGGCGGAUUUGGGCCAAACGAUAACUUUGGCCCUCCGCUUGGCUUCGGCCCUCCGCCACCUCCUGGCCCUCCUCCACCUUCUGGCCCUUGGCCUUGUGGGCCUGCAAUGUGGACUAGAGGACCUCCGUAUCCAUCUAGGUCACAAAAGAAUGACGCUGUCAAAUAUUUAAUUAAAUGUGGAGUCCCUCGUGAGCAUUUGAAAAACUUGCCCAGGGAUCUCUUACAACUGAUUACACCGGACUAUUGUGGCCUGUGUGCGGUGGCGUGUGAUACAUUUGCUUUGGCUCGCGUGCACUACAACUCUAAAAACCAUCUGAGAAAUCAAAAGAAAUGGCAGUUGAAUCGUGGCCAUGGAGGUCAGGGUAUGGGCCCACUCAAAUCUCGGGACCUGUACUGCGAGUUGUGUGAUGUGGAAAUCACGUCGAAGGUCCAUUCCCAAUCCCACUACUCGGGAAAAUCCCACAGGGCAAUCGUCGAAGGACGCCGUAAUCCAAAAAAUCCAAUUUUGGUUCAGCCUGGUAUGGAAGACCGCAUAAAGCAACUCGUGCGUCGCGAGAAAAGGUUUCUGGUGACUGAACAGGUUGAUACUGCUGAAGCGGCGUUAUCUGAUUUUAUCGAUAUAAAGGACAGGAUCCCAGCGGAAUUGCAUUGCGACAUUUGCAAGACGUUCGUGACUUGUACGGAGCAGAUGACCCUGCACUUGAACGGCAAGAAGCAUCUUAACAAGGAGAAGCAGCACAUCUUGAAAAUGAUGAAGGGGGAGGCCAGUGAUAACGAUGCAGCGGCCAAGUCCACCGCCAAUAAUGAUGAUGAUUUGCUGCGAACCCUCGACCACGUACUUGAAAAACUACCGCCAAUAGAGGACGAGGAUCUGAGAAAAGAUGAGGCAGUUGAAGGGGAAGACGGAGCUGCUGAAGAUUGGGAGAAGAGUGGUGAAAAAUGGGACGAACCAGAAACACUAUGGUCUUAG